AGUCUAGUAUUAAAUCUUGAAUUUAUGACGUAGAACAUUGACGUAAUAUUUAAGCCAAAACUGCUUGUUGAUUUUGCUUGUUAUUACCGUUAAAAAAGGUUGGAUAGGUUUAGAAUUAGGUUGUAGAAUGAGAUAGAUACUAAUAUGUUUGGGAAACUGUGUUUAUUCAUAUUUAUUACAUUCCUAUUCGAUCUGACAGUAUCUGAUGAUCUAAGAUUAUAUAUAGAUGGACCAAGUGAAUUGUCGGAAAGCGAUAAUAGUGUAAAAUAUUUUGUGUAUAGGCUUACCGGAACGGGAAGUUGCACACGAAACGUUUCUUUAUCAAAUUCUGUAAGCGUCAAAGGGAAUUUAUUACAAGUGUUUAAUUCUUCUCAAGUUGAUGUUUCAUUUACUUUGAUUAUCACCGAUAACGAUAUUAAGGAGCCCGAUGACGAAAUAACGUUCUUUCUAGAUUGCAUUGACGAUUCCAAUGGUCUACCAAUUAAAUUCGAAAAACGUAUUAAGAUAAAAGAUGACGAUACUCAUCCAUAUAAAUCUUCAUUUCUUAUGCAAAAUUUCCUGUUAAAUGUCUUAUACGAAGGAAGAUUGGAAGCCUUAUAUCUAUAUACUUUGAGAGGAAUGGCUAAUUGCAAUAUAAAAUCAUCAAAUACAUCUCGGUUAGAGGUAAUUGGUAACUCGGAAAAGUUUCUUAUGGCUAAUUUAAUAUCUUAUGUUAUGCUUUACGCUGUUGAGAAUAGUAAUAUUGAAAAUGAUCAAACUGAGAGAAUUUUCAUUGACUGCCUCGAUAAAAAUACAAAUAGACGAAGCUUUUAUCAACAUGAAAUAACAAUUAUUGAUAACGAUGGUGAAAAUAUUACAAAACCUAUUAAAUUUGGUUUACUCAGUUUGGAAGAAGUUAAUGAGGAUGAAGAUAUUGCUAUUUUUGUCACUCCCCAUUCAGGUUCAGGAGAUUGUUUAAUAAGUUUAAGCGAAAACGAAAUAGGAGAACUUACUGGUCCAAAGAAUUUCUUCCUGGAUGCUAAUAAACGAUGUACAUUUAUUUUUAAGCCGAAGAAGAAUUUUAGGAUUAAAGGUGAUAGAAGAGUUGAUAUUUGUUUGACAUGUACAAAUAGAAUUUCGAAACGUGUUGAUUAUUCAAAGAAAAAUAUUUUAAUUAGAGAAACUAGCCAAGAUGAUCCUUUUGACGUUAUAAAAGCGACUGGAGAUCCUCAUUUUACACAAAUUGUAUCAGAUGAAUUAGCCGAAUCAAAGAAAUACGUUUGCUACGAUAUAGCCGGUAAAGCUGGCGAUAUUAUAAAUAUCUUUCAAAAAACAUUUAACGGUGAUAUAUCGGUUUUGGGUGUAUUAAAAGAUGAUUAUUAUAUGCACAAGAUAUCUAUAUCAUUUCUUAGUAAGAAUUUAUCAACAACUACCGAUGAGAUCUAUUUAAGCGAUGGUAGAAUUUUGAAUUGGGAACAAUUGGAAUCUUAUAAAUCGUUUCCUUUCGGUAAACAUUUUAUAACAUUCGCAAAGAAUUAUAUUAAAAUAUUAGUUGAAAGUGACGAAGUAAACGAUCCUUUCCUGAGUAUCAUUCUAAAAAGGUCUCAUCAUCCGAUAACUGGCUAUUAUUUAGACGUUAUUAUUCACGGUAUAAAUGGAAAUUAUCAUGGAAUGGAUGGACUUAUUGGUAGAAUUGGAAAUAAUAAAUUCAAAUUUUACGAACCAGUACAAAAAACGAAUAAUAUUUGGAAUAACGAGUCUAAUCCUUCAAAAGUAGCCGUUGAAAUUAAUGGUUUACUAAAACCUGGAAGAAUUGAAAAGAGAGAGGGAUUCGAUUGUUGGCUCUUGAACACAAAAGAUUUAUUAUAUCCAUAUUCAUUGAACGUAUCUCAUGCCUCUUUCCUUCUACGUUUGGAGUCAUUUAAUCAAAUGUACGAAAAUGUUAGGGAGGUUAUGGUAGCCUCAUCAGUACAAGGAAGCGCUACGUGCAAUAUUCACUCGUCUAAUCCUCAACGUCUACAAAUUUACAUGGGAGCAACAAUAGAAUUUGUACCUAAUAAAUCAGUAAAUGUCAUUUUGGAAGGAGUAGACAAUAGCAUCCUAGACGGAGAAGAACUCGUAACAAUAUUUUUUGUUUGCGUUGAUAAAGAAACUGCUGAAAGUAGUACUUAUUCUAUAUCAAUGACGAUUUUAGAUAACGAAAUCAAUAAACUUCUACCUGGAAAAAUCGAAAUGGUUGCAACAACUACUGUUGAAGAGGGAAGUCCAUUCGAAAUAUCAGUAUUUCGUGUACAAGGGGAUUCUCAAUGCCGGGCUUUUGUUUCCUCCACUUCCGAUUUAACAUUGAAAGAUAAUACGUAUUUUUCUAUGACGGAUCAAGCUUUUAAGAAAACAUUAAACUUUAACGUUAUAAGCGAUGGAAAAGCGGAAGGAAAUGAACUUGUUACAAUCACAGUUAGAUGCCGUAACGUUCUUGGUGGGACGUAUAUUGAUCACGUUGUUGGCAUUGUCAUAAAAGACUCGACAAUUAUUCCAUUUGCCUUGCACAUUAUAGCUUUUAAUUAUAUAAAGGAAGGUAAGAUAGGGCAUGUUGAGACUUAUGCUCAAGGAAGUGGAUACUGCUCCGUUACAUCUUCAUAUCCUCAACGAUUGGAGAUUAUACAAGGGAAAUCUUUAAUAUUCGACAAUAAUCUGAUAGAAAUAGGCGUUUUAUUCGAAGCAAAGAAAAAUAAUCAAGUAGAUGAAAAUCAAAUGGUUUUUCUAAAUUUUCACUGUACAGAUAGCAAUACAAAUGAAAAAACAAACUCUUACGUAUCUUUAACAAUUAUAGACGCUGACGGUUUGGAUUAUUUUUAUUAUCCUUCUUUUUUAGAUAAAAUCAGUAGAGCUAACAAUUAAUUGACUAUAGUAACAGAAGAACUAGAGCCAGGUAGGUUAGAAAUUCAUACGACUACCGAUGUAAGAGAAGGAGAGAGUUUCACGGUUCGAAUACGUUGGCAAGAUUGGGAAAACGUUGGGAAAAAAGUCUUUUGCCAAGCUAUCAUAUCCCGUCCAUUCCAGCUUGUUUUACGUAAUCCGUCUCAUUUUGCCAUAGGUUACGAUGAUCCUGAAAUAUAUUUGGAUUUCGAGGCAUUAAAUGAUAAAAUUGUGGAAAUAGAUGAAACUCUAGACAUAAAUAUACGAUGCAGAGAAAGUUCAACUGUUCCAUAUAUCAACCACAUAUUUUCCCUUAUUAUUAGAGAUUCAGAUAUGCAAUCAUACGGAGAUCCGCACUUUAUACAAACUGUUCUAGAUGAGACUGAACACGAUAAAAAAGCAAUUUGUUAUGAUAUGUUUGGAAAGCCAAAUGAUAUAAUCUACCUUUAUGGUCAAGUUACAAAUUAUCAAAAAAUAUUUAUCUACGGCCAGCUUAAAGAUGAUUAUUAUAUGCACGUUGUAAAAGUUGUAACAAAGUUUGGUAAUAUAACGUCAAAUGUUCACAAUACUAUAUUACCAAGUGGUAAAACUCUUGGUUGGAUUGAUAGUGACAAGAAGAUUGUAUCGUUCGUUGACAAAUUGAUUAUAAUUCAAAGGAAAAACAUUAUUGAAAUUAGAAUACCAAAUAAUAUAUUCCGCAUAGGAUUCUUAACGAUUACGAUUCAAAGAUCAAAUCAUUUAGAAUACGCUUUAAAUGUAUAUAUUGAUAGACAAAUGAACGAAAAUUAUAAUAAAAUCGACGGAAUCCUCGGUAGAGUUGGUAAGAGUAAUUUCAAGUUCAAUAAACCUAUUCAAAAUUCCAAAAAUUUAAAAUCUAAUCAACGAGGAUCAAUAGAAAUAAAUGGAAAGUUAACUACUGGAAUAAUAAUAAAAAGAGAAAAAGUUAAUUGUUGGUUAUUAAAUAUAAAAGAUGCUAUUUAUCCUUCACAUUUAAAGGAGUUUCUAUUCAAGGAGAACAAUUUUAUUUAGAGAUUUAUUAUCCUUUAUAGAGUAUUUUA